GCUUGCUUCUGUUCUACUAGAAGAGUUGGAGAACAGAGACAUUAGGUUUCUGAUUCAGUCCUGGCUGAGCAAUGAUCCAGUCUAGAUCAGUGAAGUCCAACUCUGGUCCUACAGAGACCCUAACCAGCACAAAGCUGUUUUUACCUGAGGACCCCCUUGUCCAAGUCCAAGACAAGCCAGGGCCUCCCCGAACCCUAACUACUCACAAGUUAUUAAUUACAACCUUUAUCCAAGCACAGAGUUUUGAUUGUACUAUUGGGAGUGUUGCAAUAUCUAGGGACCUCCUUGGGGGGUCGCAGAACCCUGGUUGGGAACCAGUUUUAGAAGUUUCUUUGCGCCAUCACACCUGGUUUUAAUCAGUGGGUAAAUAAGGAUCUACUGAACAAGUAAUCUAACUUUAAUCAGGUGUGUUGAAGCAGGUAAACAAAACGGUGGUCUUGCAGCAGUAGCUCAGGAGGUAGAGCGGGUUGUCCAGUAAUCGGAGGGUUGGGAUCGCUCCCAGCAGAGAGUUCCACUGUUGUCCUUGGGCAAGACACUUGUCCCGCCUUGCCUGCUGAUGGUCGGAGGGACCGGUGGCACCAGUGUUUGGCAGGGCAGCUGUGGCUACAGUGUAGCUCAUAAUCACCAAUGGGUGAAUGACUGUUGUAAAGUGCCUUGGGGGAUUUAGGACUCUAGAAGGCACUAUAUCAAAUACAGAAUUCUCAGUCAUCACAACAUGACGGCCCCUGAGAGUAUGUGUGUUUGUUCAGAAAACAAAUGGAAACGAAACUGGAUGUUUUAUUGGGAAACGACAAUUGUGAAGUUGUGCAGGGCCUGCGUUUGUGUUGUAGCAGUUUUCUAUGUCUAGGACUCCAAAGUGCAUUACAGUAUUCAGGUAAACUAGGGGAUUGCAAACUAACAGCUGGUCAUCCUCUCCUGCAUUCAUAAGACUUUAUUUCUGCAGAUUAUUUACCUGAUAAACAAACACUUGCUAUGACUUGCACCAGAAAACCACCUCUAGUGUAACACUUGUCAGCUUUAGCACAUUUUAAAGAGUCUCCAUCUUGCUAGGGCUGAUAAUGUCAUGAAGAGAAGGUGGUGAGAUGAAAUCCGUCACCCUUCAGUCAGUCAUGCUCUCAUUAAACCGUAACACUCCAUGGAGGGAUGACUUAAUGACCAGUAAUCCUCCUGUCUCUCCACUCGGCUUGAUCUCAGCAGUGCAGUCUCCUCGUGGGCCAGCCUGUACCUCACUAACACAAUUAGGCUGCAGUGGGUGGAAGCAACGCCGCUUGUGUGUUGGUUAAAAGUGAGAAUAUGCAACCCCAAAAACCAGUUUCAUGAAUUUUGCUGCAAGUUUUGGCCAAAUGACCAAAGUCUGAUACUAAAACAAUCCAUCUAGAAAGGUCUGUGUGGUUUAAAAAUAGAGAGAAAACAGGCCAUCUGCUUCUUAGUAUAGUGAAGCAGGAGGAUUAAAUCCAGAUUAUGUGUGUGUGUGUUUGUGUGUGUUGUAUGCCAUCAGUGUGUCCUUGACUUCGUAGACAAGCAGGAGGUUAGCCACAGAUAGCUACCACUGGAUUUGAACGCUACGGGAAGACAAAGCCAAGCGAAAGGAGACCGAUAACGUUUUUGUUUAGACGGACAUCCUGGUCCUAGAAGAGUGAACGCUCGCUCAACUCAAGAUGGCUUUUCUGAUCAAGAGCAUGAUUGGGAACCCCCUAUCAGGAAUGGGUUUUGGUGGCGGAGGGGACAAAGAAGAGGAAGCCACCCCCUCAGAUCCUGCCAAAGCUGCAGGGAUGACACGAGAGGAGUAUGAAGAGUACCAGAAACAGCUGGUGGAGGAAAAGAUGGAGAGAGAUGCAGAUUUCUUACACAAGAAGGCUGAGAGGGCAACGCUCAGGGUGUGUCUCAGAGACAAAUACAGACUGCCGAAGAGUGAGCAGGAUGAGAACAUGAUAGAGAUGGCCGGGGAUGACGUGGACGUGCCUGAGGAGCUGCUCAAGAUGGUGGACGAGGACGCCACGGAGGAGGAGGGCAAGGACUCCUUAAUGGGCCAAAUUCAGAACUUACAGAACAUGGACAUGGACCAGCUGAAGGAAAAGGCCUCGGCCACGGUCACCGAGCUGAAGAGCAAAGCAGAGGAGAAAUGCUCCGUCAUGUGAAACUCAGAGAGGCGGUGGGUGUGUUUGAGUUACUCUACGAAUGAAAGUCUGUGAUUUCACUUUUUAUUUACUUUUAAAACAAACUCUACUUUAUGUUCCUUGUAAAAAAAUAUAAAAAUAAAUUUGAAUAACAAAAGUCAGGUCAGCAAGAUGUUAAAUUAGAACUUUGUAUUUGUUCAUUAAUGCAAUUUCAACUAAAAUCUGGAUGUCAUCCCACCAUUCCGUCCCACUGUUGUGUGGCAUAACGUUCACUGUAUCACAAAA